AGCUGCAAUACCACUGGCAACCCACAAUACUUUGAAAAUUUCCCCAGAACCACCUGCUGCAGAGAGCUGUGCCAUGGGCUAGGCUGUAGGCACCUCUGGUGUCCCACAACACAGUGACCCAGCGAUGGCGGGAAGAAAUGCUGUUCUGCAGGGUGGCCGUGCUGCACCAUUGCAGGGAUCAACAGUGUCUUCUGCAGUAGAGCCUCCCUUUGCCAACUGAGACGACAAGGUGUUUCCGGACUACAAGGAAACAACCCUGGCUGCUGCGAAUCCAGCAUAAAUACUUCUAGGUGAAGUGACUUGUUCAGUUGCGUAAAGAUUAUUUUAAAGAUCCAGAGUCUUCAGAUUGAGGGCACAAUUUCUGCCAAGCCUGCAUCGCUCAGUGCUGGGAGGGAUUGCGUGUAAACUUCCGCUGUCCUGAGUGCAGAAGAACCUUCCGCCAGAGAAGCUUCAAACCAAACAGACAGCUAAGGAAUAUUGUCGAAGCGUCCAGAAUGCUUACACUGGAGUCAACGAAAGAGCCAGAAGUUGGGAGAGUGUGUGAGAAACACAACGAGGAUUUAAAAAUCUUCUGCCAAGAGGAUCAAAUAGCCAUUUGUAUGGUUUGCCAUCUGUCCCGAGAUCACAGAGAACACACUGCAGUUCCCAUAGAGGAGGCGGCCGCGGAUUACAAGGACCAAAUUCAGAGCCGUUUGGAGAUUUUGAAGAAAGAGAGAGAAAAGAUUCUGUCAUUUAAAUUGAACGGGGAAAGUAAAAGCCAGGAACUGCUGAAACAGCUAGAAACCGAGAAGCGGAAGAUUGUGUCUGAAUUUCAGCAACUGUGCCAGUUUCUGGAGGAACAAAAGCAACUCCUGCUGGCCCAGUUGGAAAAGCUGAAUAAGGAAAUUAAAAAGAGGAGGGCUGAGUAUGUUGCCAAAUUAUCUGAGGAAAUAUCUUCUUUCAGUCACCUGAUAAGUGAGAUGGAGCAGAAGUGCCAGCAGACAGCAAGUGAAUUCCUGCAGGACAUCAAAGGCACCUUGAGCAGAUGUGAGAGGGAGAAGUUUCAGAACCCAGUGGCCUUUUCUUCGGUACUGAAAUGGAGAAGCUGGGAAUCUUCUCAAAGAACUGCAUCUCUGGAGACCAUAAUGACGAAAUUCAAAGACUCACUGUCGUCUAGCCAGCGGUUGGACAAAGCGAGCGUGACUCUGGAUCCAGACACGGCCCAUCCCCAACUCAUCCUGUCAGCGGAUCGGAGAAGCGUGAGAUGGGGAGACGCAGAGCAGGAUCUGCCCGACAACCCUGAGAGAUUUGACACUGAGCCCUGCGUGCUGGGCUGUGAGGGAUUCACCUCGGGCCGACAUUACUGGGAGGUGGAGAUGAAGAUGGAAGGGAGGGGAGUCUGGGCUGUGGGGGUGGCCAGAGAGUCUGUGAGCAGGAAGGAAUGGAUCAACUUUAACCCUGAGGUGGGGAUCUGGGCUCUGGAGGGCAGAGGAGAUCAGUACUGGGCUCUCACAGCCCCGGAGCAGCUCAUCCCCUUGUCCCCGAGCCAGGCACCCCGCAGGAUCCGGGUUUAUCUGGACUAUGAAGGGGGGCGGGUGGUGUUUUUCGAUACUGGUCGCAGGGACCCGAUCGUCACUUUCCCGCCGGCCGCUUUCGCCGGGGAGACAAUCCGCCCGUUCUUCCACCUUGGACACAGUGGAAGCCCUUUUCCCUUUUCUUUUCUGCUCCGUUCCCUUCACAAACACAAACACCGCCAGGGCCGACGCUGCCAGCUCGCCCUGUGUCCCUGAGCUUCCCUGUCGGUGCACACCAAACAGGCUCCUCUAGCCCCCACCCUCCUGAUCUCUAUGACCUGGAGGACUCAGCCAGCCAGCCUCCCUCCGCACAGACAGGGCUGGGGAGGAGGUGGGGGAGACACUCUACCCAUAGCUCUAUGGCUGUGGAGGUCUGUGAGAGUCUCUCUAGGCUGGGUCUCUAUGCUCCUAGGAGGCCAACUCAGUGUGGAGUUGGGGGGUCGGGGGGGGGAGUCCCACCAAGGAAGGAGGGAGCCCCCUGUGGGAGGGACCCAGCCGAGGGCCAGGGAGAGACCCCCUCAACUGAGUGGAGGGGAGCAGGGGGAGCCCUGGUUGAAGAAGCUGGGGAAGGGGACACAGGGGUGUUUAAAAUCAUGUGAGCUGACUGUUAUUUAGCCACAACCAGCUAAUAUAUAUUUAAACACAACUGUUAGCUUGUGUACGAGGUGCGAAGGCUGGAAUUUUCAAGAGCACCUAACUUGGAACUUGUGCUGCUAAGUAACUUCAGGUGGGAUUUUCAAAAGCACCUAAGUCAUGGAAAGCACCAUAACCUUGUUAAAAGUCCCCCCCGUAAGUGGACCGGAGACAGAAAUUUGUCUGUUUAAAACUUUCUGGAAAUCACGAGUUUGCUGUGUGAGGUGUAUUUUGAGACAGAAACAAAAGGUUGGUUUCCAUAUGAAUUUUAUCAAAAGCAAUUUAAAAUGAACAGAGACCUGAAAGCCCAAUCAGUUCCCUUGUGUCCACUGCCCAAUAUAGGAUGUAAAGGCAAAAACAGACGAGAAAUGUAGGAUUGAUGACAAAUAUAGGAAUGAUGCUGAAUUCCAUGAAGCAUGACGUUUCCCACUAGAUCCUCUCUUCCACCCCCCAUUAUAUCGUCAAGUAAAUAAUGUAACUGUCAGGAGGGAAAUGACUCUGGCAAUACCAGGAAUAUGAAAUAAAAAUGAACGGAUCAAAAACCCCUUGAGAUGCACGGUCUUCAAACUAAAAUGUCCAGCAUCUUUCACAUCCAAGUUGUUUUCAUGAGGUGCAAACUGUGUAUAAAAAUUACCAUAUGUGUUCUUCAUGUAACUCAUUUUUCUUUUAGAAAUCUCCCUGAUUUUGCUGUCAGCAAUUUAUUGUAUCUGAGUUUUCUCCCAAAGUGGUCUUCCAAAUAUGCAUUUAUCCACAUUUUAGAAUGGUGCGGGUUCAUAUUAUUAAAUUUGCUGACAGUAGAAUUGUUACUGGUGUGACUGUUGCCUGGUAUGAUUCACCAUUGAGAAUGCCCAAUUCGGGACAGGGCAGAUACAUCCCAAACACUGGUGGUUUAUUCUGUAUAUAGAUUCACCAAAACAGUAACAGAACGAGCUCUUAUAUCCCCACACUGGUUAACAGGAAGCCAAAGCACAGUCCCCUCUCAGCAUUCCAGCUCGUGGCUUGUCCACCCAAACUGGUCUUUUGUGAUAAAUGAUUACUAAAUCCAGAAAUCACAUGUAAAGUUCUUCCAGUCCCAAAGCCCCUGUCCUCAGGUCAAUAGAGACUUUAGAUCUUAUCCGAAAAUCACGCUGCAGCCAAUCCCCUUUGUAACUAAAAAUGAAAGAGAUACAUCUGAUGAAGUGGGUUUUAGCCCACAAAAGCUUAUGCCCAAAUAAAUUUGUUUGUCUCUAAGGUGCCACAAGGACUCCUUGUGGUUUUCGCUGAUACAGACUAACACGGCUACCACGCUGAAACCUAAAAACAAAAGGUUUAUUAAUAAAAAAGUAAAUGGUGAAAAGAAUCAUCUACAUUACAAUUGAUUUAGAGAGUCUGUAGAUCAGGAUCAGAGCAGAGAUGGUCGUUCUGCUACCUUGCAAUGAGUCUUUCUGGAUCAUCCAAAAGGUUAGAUACCAAAUGGCAGUUUAGAUGUAAAAACCUCAAGAAGUCCUUGUGGCACCUUAGAGACUAACAAAUUUAUUUGGGCAUAAGCUUUUGUGGACUAGAACCACUUCAUCAGAUGCAUGGAGUGGAAAAUACAGGAGCAGAUAUAUACACACAGUACACGAAAAGAUGGGAGUUUCCUUACCAAGUGGGGGGGUCAGUCUAACGUGACCAUUCAAUUAACAGUAGAAUACCAAGGGAGGAAAAAUCACUUUUGUAGUGGUAAUGAGGGUGGCCCAAUUCAAACAGUUGACAAGAAGGUGUGAGUAACAGUAGGGGGAAAUUAGUAUGGGUACCCCCCCACGCCCGAGCAGUCAGAGGCAUUGCUCAACCCCUCCCUUUAGGGGUGGAAGGGGGAUCCACAGGAACGCACGCCUUUAUUUUGGGACUUUGUUGAUUUUGGAUAACCAAUUGCGAGUAGUUUGCAGCAGAAGGAAAGCGAGGGUGCGUUAAAGGGACAUUUGUCUGUCAGACUGUCACACUGCAAAGUGGGAAACUGAGCAAAGGACACUGCCCAACAGACUGUGAGGUGGGUGUUUACUUAUGGUUUGCAAACUUUUGAAUCAUUGUUGUGGUGUCUUCCCAAAUUAAUGGUGAGCUCCCUCUUUUUAAUGAAAGUUUUCUUUUGUUAAACACAAACUCAGUCCUUGCGAGUGGGGAAGUAUUGAUAGGGGUGGUGUUUAGUUUUCCCAGAUUACUGGGUUAGGGUUCAGGCUGGUGUUGUUUUUUAAUGUGAAGAGAAAGCCCUAGAUAUUGACUCCAUCCUUGUCGCUACCGACACCACCUGGCAGAAGGGUUACGCUACAGCCGACUGAAAAACUUCAACAGAACCAUGUUCCAUCAGAGAAAGCACUUCUGCAGAAGCUGAAACACUGAACAAAAUAGUGUCGAAGGACAGACAUUUCAUUAUGGGGAACAACCAGGGAGAAGAAUUUCCAACAGUGUCAAAUCAUUCCCUUUUGACAUUUUUCUGAAUGAAAAGUUUCAAUGUUUCAUAUUUUGCAAAAGAUUUUUCAUUUUGAUUUUCUUCAUUGUGUAUUAUAGAAUAUAAAAUUAAAAGGCAAUAUCGAAAUUAAGUCAGUUCAGAAUAAAACGCUGAAACCUUUCAUUCUAAGAGUGUCAAAAUGGGAUGUUUUGACAUUGAAAGAUUUUCCCCUCGUUUUUCUCCUAAAUAGAAGUAUUGUGUGGAAAUGAAACACUUCCAAUUAAUGCCAAACAAUUUUUUAAAAAAUUCUUUCACUGAGAAUUUUGAAAUGUACACGUUUUGCUCCUAAGUGGAAUGAAGACAAACAUCAAAACCUCGAAAUCCUUCAUGAAAUGGUAUUUCUGUCCUCCCCAGAGCUUUAGAUGGGAUCCCAGUAAUGAGCAAGUGUUGCCGGGAUGUGGAAUUAGUCAGCUCUAUGCUUGGCUGAUACAGCAACUCAUGGUAUCAGGCGCCACCAGGCGGUCAAGGGACAUCUACUUAGAACUCCUCACCGGACAUCAGCAAUACCAGGAGAGAUGCUGGAGUGCCAUUGAGAAGUGAAGUCAGGAAAGUAACUGAAAUACUUCCCUGAUGGAUUAUAUUUACUGAGGGACAAUCUACACUCAUUGCUAUAUUUGGGCUGAAUUGGGAGAGCAGAAGGGAGGCCUGGCUGUAGAGGCUAGGGGGAGGGGAGACCAAGGGGAGGCCUGAUUGAAGAGGGUGGGGAAGGGAAGAGCAGGGGUGUUUAAAACCAUGUUAGCUGGUCAUUAUUUAGCCACAACCAGCUCAUAUAUAUUUAAAUACAAAUGUUAGUGUGUGUACGAGGGGCGAAGGCUGGAAUUUUCAAAAGAACAGAAGCGACUUAAGACUCAUUGAUUUUCAAUGGAACUUGUGCUCCUAAAUAACUAGGGUGGGAUUUUCAAAAGAAUCUACAUCAUAAUGAUUGUGUUCGUUAAAUGUGUUAAUAUAUUUUCCCCGUGUAGCUAAACUGCUUGUGUUCUCUCGUUCACCUUAUUAAAGUCUCCCACUGGAUGGGCCCGAGAGGGCAAUUUGAGUGUUGAAACUUUCUAGAAAGUUCUGGUUUGCCAUGUGAGGUGUUUUUUGAAACAGAACCAAAAGGUUGGUUUCCACGUGAAUUCUGCGAAAAGAAAUUCCAAUGAAGUGAGCUGUAGCUCACGAAAGCUCAUGCUCAAAUAAAUUGGUUAGUCUCUAAGGUGCCGCAAGUCCUCCUUUUCUUUUCGCGAAUACAGACUAACAGGGCUGCUACUCUGAAACUUAAAAUGAACAGAGACCUGAAAUCCCGUUCCAAUCUCUUGUGCCUGCUGCCCAAUUUAAAACAUAAAAGGCAAAAAGAUGAGAAAUAUAGAAUUGAUGCAAAAUAUAGGGGCGAUGCUGAAGUUCCAUCCUGCUAGAUCAUCUCUUCCACCCCCUCUUAUACCGCCAAGUAAAUAAUCUAACUGUAAGGGUGAGAAUUAUUCUAGCAAUACCAGAAAUAUGAAUGGAUCCUAUGGAAAACCUUGAGAUGCACUGAAUUAAAACCAAAAUAUCCAUCCUCUGUCACAUCAGAGUUGCUUUCAUGAGGUGCAAACUGUGUAUAAAAAUGGCCAUAUUUGUUCUUCGUGUAACUCAUUUUUCUUUGUCUUGUAGCAGUCUCCCUGAUUUUGCUGUACACAAUUUAUUUUAUCUGAAUUCUCACCCAGUGUGGUCCUUCUAAAAUGUGGAUAAAUGCAUAUUUUGAGGGUGUAUGUUCAUAUUAUUACAUUUGCUGGCAGUAGAAUUGUUGUUGCUAUCAAUAAAAAGGUCCAGAUUUUCUCUGACAA